GUCGAGGGUCGAGGGUGUCCCCAGUUUGGGCUCCGCUGCUGUUCUGGCUUGAGGGGCGCGCGUGUGCGCCGCCUCCGAGCGCGACGCGCGCUCGCGCGCGCGCCCGAUGGCGGACGCAGAGGCCAUCAAGGUCGCCGUGCGCGUGCGGCCGCUGAACGGGCGGGAGCGCGGCCGGGGGGACACGGCGGUGGUCGGCAUCGGGCAGGCCGGCGACGUGCAGGUGGAGAUCCCCAACGACAAGCAGCCGCGCUGCUUCGCCUUCGACUUCGGCUACGGCCCGGACGCGGACCAGCAGAGGGUGCACGAGGACCUCGGAGAGUCGCUGAUCACGAACGUGGUGGACGGCUACAACUCGUGCCUGUUCGCGUACGGCCAGACCGGGGCGGGGAAGAGCUGGAGCGUCACCGGCGACGUCCGCAGCCCCCAGCAGCGGGGGCUGCUGCCGCGCAUCUGCGAGGGGCUCUUCGCGCGCCUGGGCGCCACGGACGGCCUGGAGGAGUCCACGAUAGUCUGCACGUACCUUGAGAUUUACAACGAGAAGAUGCGUGACCUGUUGACUCCCUCCAGCUCCACGCUGGAGGUGCGCAAGCAUCCGGCCCUGGGCAUCAUAGUCCCAGGGCUCGCGGAGAGCGUCGUGACAGGCUUCGAGGGCGUAGAGAAGCUGCUGGAGCUCGGCAACUCUCUCCGCACCGUCAGCUCGACCGCCAUGAAUGCCGAGAGCUCGCGGUCCCAUGCCGUCUUCACCCUGACAGUCAAGCAGUCGCUGGCGGACAAGCGCCAGCGGCAGGCGCAGCUGCACAUCGUGGACCUCGCUGGCUCCGAGCGCCAGAAGAAGACAGAGGCCCGAGAUGGCCUCCGAGAGACUCCAACAUAAUGGAGGAUGAUGAUAAAAAAAUGACCGGGGGUCGUGUUUACGCGGCGGCGCCCGGGAUGAUGAUUAGAAAAAACCGGCCC